AUGUCGCGGCUGCAGGGGCGCAUGGAGGUGUGCGAAAAUCCGCAGAAGCCUGCAUGGAGACGUUUGAAGGUGCCAAAGCUGCACCAUCCUCUGCGGACGUCGACGCCUCGGAUUCUCAGUGGCUACGCCAGGAGUGACAACGCCCGAAGGCGCGCCGUCCAGCUCAGGGGCACUUUCGAGGGCACAUCGCUCGUGCCGAUUUCAAGUCGCCGGUCAAGCGCAACAGAGGACUCUGGGAUAUAG